CGGCGGGCGGACCUUAAAGUAUGAGCAGCGGCGGGCGGAGCUUAAAGUCUCUGCUUGCCGCGGGGGGCGGGGUUUAUAACUGUAGUGAUUAUUAUAAGCGCCCUCCCCCGGCCCGCUUCCAUCCUUCCUGCCGCCGCCGGUUCGGUUCUGUUCGGACUUUAACACUAAGCUCCUCCCACACACUCUUUAUGGUGAAAGUUGCUCGGAUGUUAAAGUCCAGGAAAGUUCUGGAGGCCCGGGUCCGGUCCGGUCCGGGACGGCUCUAACGGUCCUCCGUUAGCCGGAGGCUAGCUUCGCAGCAACAGGUCGCUCUGUUGUCCGGAACCGGAACCAUGGAGAGCGGGACCUUCUCCAGGUACUCCUGGGUGGACUUCGUGUUCUCGGUGGUCGGGGUCUGCACCUUCCUGAUGGACUGGGGCUCGGACGUGUGGGUGGCCACGGAGUUCUACUGCCGGGGGGACUUCUCGUGGUUCGGGGUGCUGGUCGGCCUCAUGGUUCUGUCUUCGGUCGUGAUCCAGAUGUUCAGCUGGUUCUGGUUCAGGUACGACCGGGAGCUGCCGGGCUUCAGCGGACUGGCCGGGUCCGGGAUCGUGUUCUGCGGGGACCGGGUCCGGCUCUUCUGCCUGCUGCAUGUUCUGCAGCUGGGCUUCCUCUGCAGACACAUCUCAGCCAUACGUCAAGGCUUCAGGGUGUGGUGGAGGAAGGAGGCGGGGUCUGAGUACGCCGUCUACCUGACCCACGAUCUGAGCAUGCUCCGUCUGAUCGAGACGUUCGUAGAGAGCGCUCCUCAGCUCAUCCUGAUGAUCUACGUCAUGCUGAGCACCAACUGGGCCAGAACCGUCCAGUUUGUGAGCGUCGCUGCAUCGACCACCUCCAUCGCCUGGAUGUUGGUGGACUACCAUCGCUCCCUGCGCUCCUUCCUGCCRGACAAAGCCAAGCAGCGCUGGGGUUCCUCACUGAUCUACUUCCUGUGGAACCUGCUGCUGAUUGGUCCUCGCGUGGCGGUCCUGGCCCUCUUCUCGUCCGUCCUGCCGGAGCUCACGGCCCCUCACUUCCUGCUGCUGUGGCUGGUCUUCCUGCUGUGGGCGUGGCGACAGAACACUGACUUCAUGGACAGCGCCGGGGGGGAGUGGCUGUACCGGGCCACGGUGGGCCUCAUCUGGUACUUCAGCUGGUUCAAUGUGGCAGAAGGUCGCACUCGUGGGCGGAGCCUCAUCUACCACUCGUUCGUCAGCGCAGACGGAGCCGUCCUGAUGGCGUGCUGGUGGUUGUACAGAGACCCGGUGCAGACGGAGGCCUACACCCUGGUCCUGCUGGUGGCCCUCCCUCUCAGCCACCUGCUGGGCCUCCUCCUCAAAGCCCUGUACUACUGCUGCUUCCACCCCACGCUGUGGAGACCCCCGGGCAGCCCGCCCCCGCCGCCCCACGACCUGCCCGACUCUGACGCCAGCUUCAGAGCCUUCUCCCCUCAGGACCAAACGCCGUCCCCUCAGCUGCUCAACAAACGGAUGUCCCACCUGGCUGCCAACUUCUACACGCACACAGACGUGUUCAGGAAGUGUGAGGCAGCAAAAAGUGCUGAGUCAUCGUGUUUGUGACGUUUGAGCCACGACUAACAGCAAACAUGUAGCCCUGAUGCUCCUUUAGGCCUCGAACCUGUGGGAGGAUGACAGACAUCAACUACCUCAGUCCAGAUGAUGUCAUUAUGAGGAUUUAUGUUUAACUGGUGCAGAUUUUCACAGCUUCCUGCCAACAAACAGGUGUCACUGCUGGACUCGUCGUAGUCAACCUGUACCUGGAGGGCUCCUACCUGAGCCUGGUUGUCCUGCUGCUGGUGCUGGUUCAGAUCUUCAGUCCCACCUGAAGCUCCUGCACGUGUUCCAGCUGAGACUCUGCAUCAGGUCAGAGCAAAGAGUUUAAAACUUCGACUUCUUUUCAAAAAGAAACCACUUCAUUGUUCUGUUUGAGGGUUUAUUUUUGAAAAGGUCUAAUUUGUGAACUUUUUCUUUUCUAAACUACAGAAGGAAAGAAUUUUGUAUAAUAAAGUUGAAUUUACAAGCUUACAUGCAAAUGUUUUGUUGUUGAUUUGAUUUUCACACACUUCUCAUGUGAACGUUUUGUUCUGAACAUGUCAGGACUGCUGCAGGUCUGCAGUCUGUCCCAGAGGAAACUCACCUUUCUGGUUAGAACAACCCUGAACCUGAACUCUGCCUGCUUUCUGUGCGUUCACACCGGUCACAAACUGGUUUUAAAUGCUUCGUUUGGUUUAUCUGGUCGUGUUUCAGGCAUGUWGCUGUUCUACAGAAUCACUGGGGAGUCCUGCAACUCAGUGAAGCAAUUCUUCUGGACACGGUGUAAAUGCUCCUUUGUGCCACUGUGUGGCGCUGCAGCGCCACACAGUGGCACAAAGGAGCAUUUACACCAUGUCACUGUGUGGCUGCUGCUGCAAAAACCACUAAAGCUCUGCAAGUUAGACCAAGUCUGUUCAGGUGGACAGAGUCUGCUGACAUCAGAAGGUUCAAAACAUCUAAAAACUAUUCAUCCUCCCUGUUAUCAGUUAUCUGAUGGGUUUGUGUUGAUUUGUGGGUUAGGUGUUGUGUUGUGUUGUGUUGUGUGUUCUCACUGAGGCGAGGAUGAGGAUUAUUGCUGAGUCAGCUCCCACAGCCUGUUUCACCUCUGGUUGUUUGUAAGAGCACCUCACACCUGAGCUUCACCGUGUUUCAGUAAACCAGGAAGUGCUACAGUCAAACCAGGAAGUGGCCAAAUGAAACAGGAAGUGCAGAAGAGUUUAUAAAUCUGAUGGUGCAGCUGGAGGAACAGGUCCAAACAGAACCACUUCCAGUUCUGAUGAGUCGAUGAGGAGCAGAACCUUCCUGUCAUCGUUUCAAAAUGAAUCAURAUCCAGAGUCAAACUGGAUUAGCUGUUUACAUCUGGUCCAGAUCUUCAGUCCGGUUCAUCCAGCACAUCCAGCUGGACCGGCCAGGUUUCAGGGUUUUCAUCAGAACAUGAUGGGUCCGAUGUCCUGGUUCUGGUUCUGGUUUCUGUUUACAUGUUCACUUGUUACAGUUUUUCAUGUGAAGUCAGAUUUAUAACGUGCUGAAGGAAUAAAAUAUUUUAUUUACCAAA